UACUACUAAAAGCGACCAAAAGUAACUCGGAGUUUCUGAGUAGAUUCGAUAAAGCCGGGCAGUUCAUCUUCGUCGUGUAUUUGACUUCGGGGGCAGUAAGGGGCUCAUACUUGAGCAAACCUCCUCAAAAGGACACAGACGACAAGGACGCAUUUCUGUUUGACAUAACCGCAACAAACGCAGUUAAAGUUAGUCAAAAUCUCGACAAUAAAGCGGUCACAUUUGACGGCACCGCCGAUCUUAAAUUUGGCAAAUCCUUCCGGCUUGCACGUUCAAACUUCUCCUGGACGAUCUACUUCUCAUCUGAUGAGGUGUUUAAAACGGGCUGGUCAGAGGAGAGCUUUCCAAUCAAACCUUCGGGGCGUCUCAUUGACGUGGAACUGUUUCGCGUACAGACCGUUGGAGAUGUGAUGCUGUCACCUUGGAGAGAGAUGUCCUGGACAGACAACACCAGAGAUGACCUGAGAGAGCGCUUCCUGUCCCAUGUGGUGGCUGGUGAGUGUGUGUCCAGUGCCCGCGUGCUGCUGCUGGGCCCGACUGGAGCAGGCAAGUCCAGCUUCAUCAACUCCAUCAGAUCCGUCAUGUUCAAGCGCAUCACACACAUGACACUGACUGGACCUCAAGCUUCAAACCGCUUCAAGAAGCUAAGGUCAUGCAGUAUCCGGUCAGAGCGUGGGGGCAACGCUAUCUCUCUCACCCUCUGUGACGUCAUGGCAUUGGGGGAGAAGCACGAGGCUGGUUUGAGUAACUCAGACGCUUUGUCCGUCAUCAAGGGACACGUAUCUGAAGGCUACAAGUUCUCAGAAUAUUGGUCCAUCACAUCAGAGACUCGAGGCUACAAAGGAGCACCAGCCAUCAGUGAUAAGAUUCACGCAGUGCUGUUCGUCCUGGACGCCCGAAAGGUCUCAUCAUACAGCAGCCACCUGCAGAGGAACAUGAGGGAGCUACAGGCUGAGAUCUCAGAUCUAGAUGUUCCUCAGCUGGUCCUGUUGACCCAUGUUGACCAGGUGUGUCAUGCAGUUCAGGAGGACGUGCAGUUUGUCUACCGGAGUCGCCCCGUCAAGGACAAAAUGCAUCAGGCUGCUCAGUUUCUGGACAUGCCGGUGUCCUACGUUCUCCCAGUGAAGAACUACGCAUCAGAGCUGUCCACCAGCUGCUCUACAGACAUCCUGCUGCUCAGCGCUGUAGACACCGUCCUACAGGCCAUCGAUGACACGCUGGACUACCAGUGUACUAACACCAGCACUGCCACCGGUGACAACAAUAUCACCAAUUCUGUGUUCUGUUAAUGGAGUAAUCUCUUUCCACUUUAUUUAUCAACGACUCUUCUAUCUUUGCAGUUACAGUAAAGUAAUAAUAAUACUGUAGUAUCUGGACCUGUUACAUAGUUUUUUGUAGCUCCAUAUGUUCAGUGUUAAGAGUAUUUGCAUUUCAAUCAUCACUAUUCUGUCUGUAGCUAGCUAUGAUAUCAAUAUGUGUAGUAGAUAUGCAGUUGUGAUUAUAUUCGUAGUGUA